AUGUCUGAAAUUCUCGUCAUCACCUGCCCUAGCGGUAAACAAUGCUCUCGUCUUAUCCCACUUGUCUAUAACAAUGGGAAAUUCAAAUUGCGUCUCGCAGCACACUCUCAGAUCUCAGCCAGCAAAUUGGAGGCUCAGUACCCAGAUGCAGAAGUUGUGUCCACCGACCUCCAAUCCCUCCCCGACUGUCUCAAGCUCCUCCAUGGAGCUACCGCCAUCAACGCCGUUCUGCCCAGCCUGCACUCCCGCGAAAAGGAAAUCGGCCUCAACUUGGUCGACGCUGCAGUUACGGAAUCCCAACGCGAAGGAAAUUUAUUCAAGCACUUUGUCUUUUCCAGCGUGCUUUGCACUCAGCAUAGGAACUUGAUGCAGCACGAUCUAAAAAGCUAUGUUGAGGAACGCUUAUUCCUGAGCCCACUGGACUGCUGGACCAUCCUUAAGCCAACAAAUUUUAUGGACGCUUAUCCAGUUGCUAUGCUCGCAGGACAGGAAAAUCCAGUCCUCGAGAAGUGGUGGAAACCAGAGCAUAAGAACAGCGUCAUUGCCCUCCGUGACCUCGCGGAAGCAUCAGCUAAAGUGCUUCAUCAGAGGGAGCUCCACUACUUGGCGGAGUACCAGCUGUGCUCUACUAUGCCCAUAUCAGAGCUUGAAAUCAUCAAGAUUAUUGAGAAACGAAUUGGCAAAAGCAUCGAGCUCAAAACGCCAACCUUUGAGACUGGCGUGAGCAAACUUGUUCGGGCACUGUUCGGCGGCAAAGAAACUAGUGCGCCGGCUGGUGCUCGCUCUAUUCUUGAGCUCGCGAGUGAGGGAGAUUCGCGCCCCGACAUUGUGCAUGAUACAGUGGAGAGGUUGAUAUUGUUCUAUAAUCGCCGCGGGCUGAAGGGGAGUCCGAAUAUACUGCGGUGGGUGCUGGGAAGAGAGCCGACAACGGUUGAGCAAUGGGUUGACAGCGUUGCUCCCGACUAUCAAUCAUCCAAUAUGACCAUCGACAGCGAAGACCUAACCCUUGAUCUACCCCGCAUCAUGGCACUCCAUGGCGGCGGUACAAAUUCAACCAUUUUCCGGAUGCAAUGCCGCGUACUUGAGCGCGCAUUACGCCCCUAUUUUCGUUUUGUUUACGCCGAAGCACCCUUCCCAGCGCAGCCCGGACCCGAUGUUACUCAGGUAUAUAGCGACUACGGCCCGUUUAAAAGCUGGCUACGGAUCCGGCCGGAGGACCCUAUCCAAGACGCGGGCGACGUCGCGCACAAAAUUGGCACCUCACUCGUGAAAGCCCAAUUCGAGGAUGACCGGCGUGGUGCCACUGGCAAGUGGGUGGGCCUGAUAGGCUUCAGCCAAGGCGCCAAACUCGCUGCGAGCAUUCUCUACUCCCAACAAAUGCAACGACGUGAAAGGGAUAUAGGGAUGGAUAACAACAACCAUAACGGUACCAUGUCUGACUACCGUUUCGCACUGCUGCUUGCCGGGCGCGGGCCGCUGGUAUGGCUCCAACAAGAUCCUGGAAGCCCCAUACCGCAAGGACUAGUCGACGCGGCCCAACCCACGACGUCGACAUCGAAUUUAUGGGAGUCGGACUCGGACGUCGAAGAGAGCGCCGUUGAACAUCUCUUGCGGGUGCCGACAAUCCACGUACACGGUCUAAAUGACCCGGGUCUAAAGCUGCAUCGCCAGCUGCUGCAUAGAUACUGCGAUCCUUCGACCUCCAAGCUGCUCGAAUGGGACGGGGUGCAUCGUGUGGCCAUCAAGACCAAAGAUGUCAGCAUGAUUGUGGACCAAGUCUUAUCUGUGGCACGGGAAGCGGGGGUGGCGGUCUAA